AUGUAUAUGGCAAGUACACAGUAUCACAUGAGCAAAAGCAAAAUUAAAGAACACGAGAUGUCAACAACUAGACGUUUUGGGAUAAUCCUCACGUUUCACGAGCACGACUACAACCACUCUCUUGAAAACCGAUCAACACUAGAACUAGGACUCGUACGAUCAAUGUACGAUCAAUUAAUCCGGUUGAAACCAUGUGAUGACUCUGAUGUUGAAAGCAGUAUGAUUGAUUCGGACGACAACUAUUUAGACAUCGAACGUGAUUCUCCGGUGCAAGAUAUAAAACGCUUGAAACAUUUGAAACAACAGAAAAAACCGUUUACUCCAAAGUCAAGAAGAGUAACUUUUACAGCUGAACCCAAAAAGUCAAAAGCAUGUGAUGAAAGUGAUGGUGACAUAAGUAUGAUUGGUUCAGUCGAAAACAUGUCAGACGACGAACGUGGUAUUUUACUACUUACUCUUGACAGAUAAAUUCGAAACUAGGCACAAUAGAAGUUUUUUAAAAUACUGAAAUCAGAAGCAUAUAAUGCUUAAUACUUAUAGAACUAUUAUGACUUAAGUAUCAAUAUUUUAUUCAAAUUUUACAGUAGAUAAUUAACAUUCAAAUUUUAUUUUAGAUUAUAAUUAUAUUUUCGGUUUUUAAUAUACAUAUCCUAACUUUUUAGAUUCUCUGGUGCAAAAUGUAAAACGCUUUCAACAUUUGAAACAGCCUAAAAGUAAUUAUCUAUUAAUCUUUUAAGUUAUAAUUGAAGUUAUUCAAAACUUAUCUGAUGUUCAAAACUAUAA